CGCCUCCAUUGUCAGGCAGAUCAAUGAGCAGGAAGUAGUCACUAUUUUUAGCCCUGUGUAGGUAUAAGAGCUGUUUGAAGAUGUCUCUUAUAGAAGUUCUUCUCCAGACAUCGAGUACGGUGACACUGCUGGGGGCUCUGCUGUUUCUGCUGGCUCUUUACUGCCUCUCCUCUGAUUCCAACUCUGAGGAACAGGGGAAGGCGCCUCCAGGACCCAGGCCUCUGCCCCUGCUUGGUAACAUGCUCCAGCUGGAUCUCAAGAGGCCCUACCGCACCCUCUGUAAGCUGUCCAAGAAAUAUGGGUCUGUUUUCACGGUUCACUUUGGACCCACAAAAGUGGUCAUCCUGGCAGGAUACAAGACGGUCAAGCAGGCGCUGGUCAACCAUGCAGAGGAGUUUGGGGACAGGGGCAUGCUUCCUGUGUUGUAUGACUUCACCAAUGGACAUGGUAUUCUGUUUGGCAAUGGUGACUCAUGGAAAGAGAUGAGGCACUUUGCCCUGGCGAACCUUAGAGACUUUGGGAUGGGCAAGAAAGGGAGUGAGGAGAAAAUCUCAGAGGAAAUUCACUACCUGAUUGAAGUGUUGGAAAAACAUGAGGGUAAAGCAUUUGACACAACCCAGCCAUUGAGUUAUGCUGUCGCCAACGUAAUCUCCAACAUUGUGUACGGCAGCAGGUUUGAAUACUCUGACUCCAAGUUCCGAGCCACAGUGGAUCGAGCCAAUGAGAACCUACGAAUUGCAGGCUCUGUUUCAGUUCAGUUGUACAACAUGUUCCCCUGGCUGGGCCCUUGGCUGAAAAGCAGGAAGCUUUUGUUGAAGAAUAUUGAGAACAACAAGAAGGAGAUGGGGGAGCUGGUGAGGGGGCUGAAGGAGACUCUCAACCCUCAAAUGUGUAGAGGCUUUGUGGACUCGUUCCUUGUCCGAAAGCAGACCCUGGAGGUAUGAAAUCUCACUACAGUUAAAAAUCAUC